AUGGCAACUGGGAACAGUGUAAUUGAGAAUAAGUUAGUACAGCUUAAGCUUAUAGUUGGGCGAACCAGAAAGAUUCUGGAAUCCGGAAAUCAAGAAGCAGUUGAGCGACAACAACGAGCUUUGCGAACCAUUGUUGCUGACAUAGACAAAUGUAAAGUGGAAGAAGAAGCAAGAAUGAUUGACGAGAAAAAGGAGUUGACAGAAAUUAGUGAAUGGAAUUCAAACAUCGAGGAAAAGUUAUCUGAAGCAGACAAGGACAUUCAUGACCUGAGAGAAUGGUGUGAAAGUAAGAAACGAGAAUGCGAGGAAAACCAGCGGAAGCAAGAAUUAGAUUUUGAACAUGAACUAUUUCAGACACGCCUAAAAUUCCAGAAUGAGCUACAGGCAGCUAAACUAAAGCAAGAAUCAGCAAGUGUUGAAAAGAAAGAGUCACAAGCAAAGUUACCUAAACUCAUCAUUACUAAAUUUAAUGGUGCCUACCAAGACUGGCCUCGAUUCUGGGAACAAUUCCGAGAGACGGUGGACAAAACAAGUAUUGAUGCUGUCAUUAAAUUCACAUAUUUACAAGAGUUGUUGGAACCUAAAAUCAGGAAAUCUGUGGAAUCACUACCCUUUACAAGUGAAGGUUAUAAUAGAGCAAAGAGUAUCCUUCAAGACAGAUAUGGGAAACAAUCAGAAAUAAUAAAGGCUUAUACCAAGCAGAUUUUCGAUUUGCCCAAAAUUCCGGAUGGUAAUGUGAAGCGAAUUCAUGAGUUCUCGGAUAAAUUAUCAUAUGCGGUGCAGUCUUUGGAAACACUUGGCAAACUUUCUCAAGUCAGUGGGUAUGUAUCGAUGACACUAGACAAACUACCUGGAAUACGUGGCGACCUUGUUCGAACAGAUGAUGCUUGGGAAUCCUGGGACUUUGUAAAACUGUCUGAUGCGGUGAGACUCUGGACUCGGCGAAACCCAGUUGAGAAGCUUCCUUCAGGAAAACUGCUUAAUGUCCGACGUCAAGAUUUUACUCUCAAGGGGUGUGUCUAUUGUACUGAGAAAUCACACAAAUCAGCAGAGUGCCCAAAAGUAUCAUCUGUGUCUGAAAGACGGUUGAUUCUUACCAAACAACAUCUGUGUUAUAACUGCAUUGGUUCAUCACACCGUGCGAAUGAUUGCCCAAGUCAGUCUAAAUGUCAAAAAUGUGGGCGGCGUCACCACACCUCAAUUUGUGAUAAUGAUUCCAAGAGUGGAGUGAAGGGGAAGAAAUUGCUAAUUUCAUGUGAGGUGAAUCCGGAAGGAAUCUUUCCUGUUGUUAGAAUGAAAGUGGAUGGCAUUGAAUGCAGAGCUCUGAUCGACUCCGGAGCAGGGAGCUCCUAUGCUUCUGCAAAACUAAUUAAUUUCUGCUGAAAAAGAAACCAGUUGAAGUAGCAAGGAAACGAGUUGAUAUGCUGAUGGACUCUCAGAAAGCAUUGUUGGAGACUUAUGAAGCAGUUGUUGAAGCAGUUACUGGGGACUUUCGCAUGUCCGUGAAUUUGACAAAGGUAAAAAAGCAAGAGCUACUAUUCGUUGAUAACCCAUGUUAUGAAGAAAAUAUCAAGAAGUAUCCACAUUUGGAAGGAGUUGAAAUAGUAGAAAAUGAUGUUAAAGCACAGCUUCCAAUCCAUGUUGUCUUAAGUAGCGGUGAUUUUUCUCGAAUUAAGACUGAUGCAAAACCCCAUGUUGGUAGAGACGGUAAGCCUAUAGCGGAGUUAACAAAGCUCGGUUGGUUUAUAAUGUCGCCUGGUAGCGAGUUUGACAAAGCCAAGAUGUUCCUGACACAAACCACUCAUUCCGAUUAUGAGCAACUGUGCAAACUUCAUGUGUUAGGAUUGGAAGAUAAACCAGAAAACGACCAGGGGCAAGUUUAUUCAGAGUUUAAAGAGCAGUUAGUUCGCAAUGGCCAAGGAUGGUAUGAAACUGCACUACCAUGGCAUGGGAAUCACCCAAAUCUUCCAACUAAUGAGAAAGGAAGUAUCAGUCGCCUCAAUAGCUUGGUACGAAAACUUGAGCGGACAGAACUUUACAACGCCUACGACCAAAUCAUACGGGAUCAGUUAGAAGAAGGUAUUGUUGAAUCAGCUCCAACUAAAGCCGAAAACCAGGAAUUCUACCUUCCCCAUAGAGCAGUUGUAAGAGAUAAAGCAGAAACAACGAAGCUUCGGGUUGUAUAUGAUGGUUCCGCUCGAGAAACCCUAUCAGCACCCUCACUAAACGACUGCCUUAAUCCAGGUCCUCCCUUACAGAACCGGCUAUGGGAUGUGUUAAUUCGACAAAGAGGUUAUCCAGUCGCUGUUAGUGGAGAUAUUCAAAGGGCAUUCCUCCAAGUACGCAUCAAGGCUGCUGAACGUGACGCUCUAAGAUUUCAUUGGAAACAUCCUGGGGACAAUCAAAUACAUAUCUACAGGUUCACUCGUGCCCUCUUUGGGUUAACAUGCUCACCCUUUCUCCUCGGAGGAGUUAUUGAUCAGCAUCUAGAACUUUGGCGUGACAGGAAGCCUGCGAUAGUGGAGGAGCUAAGGAAGAAUUUGUAUGUUGAUGAUCCAUUAUCUGGCGGAAACACUGUUGCAGAAGCUGGUGUUAAGAAGUUAGCAAUGACCGAAGUACUGGCUGAUGGUGCUUUCAAGUUACACAAAUGGAAUUCCAAUGAAAAGGAAUUAGAGGACGGUGAAAAAACUAGCAGUGAGUGUGAACAAACAUUCGCAAAAACACAGUUAGGUGUGGAACCGAAUGAAUCCAAAUUACUCGGUCUUAAAUGGGAAAAGGAUGAAGAUACCUUGAGUGUUGUGUUCCCAAGUGAUCCACCAGCGACUACUAAGCGUGGAAUGUUGAGUAAAUUAGCAAGAGUCUAUGAUCCUCUCGGAUUAGCUUCGCCAAUCACCGUAAGCGGGAAGAUGGUAUACAGAGACGUAUGCGAUUCGAAGGCCUCGUGGGAUUCAGAACUCAGUGGUCAAAGUGCUCAGGAGUGGAGUAUGUGGGAGAAGAGAAUACCCGAGUUAGUAACUGUACCACGGUCACUUGCAAAAUUCCAAGAAGAUAUUCAUUCAGUGACUCUCCAUGCCUUUAGAGAUGCUAGCACCAAGGGCGUAAGUGCAGCCGUGUAUUCAGUAGUGAACCAACCAUCAGGGACAACUCAAACUUUGGUGGCUGCGAAGUCUCGGUUGGCGAAACGCAACCUCACGAUUCCACGAUUGGAGCUUACUGGUGCUCAUAUGGCUGUUAACCUUCCAGCAAAUGUCCGUCAAGCAUUGGACCGCUUCCUUGUUGUUGACCAACACUGCUGGCUCGACAGUACCGUUGUGUUAUAUUGGCUGCAGGGAAAUGGGCGAUACAAGCAGUUUGUUCAAAACCGUGUGAACAAAAUCCACCAGCAUCCCAACAUCUCAUGGCAUUACGUACCAACGAAAGACAAUCCUGCAGACCUUGGCAGUAGAGGAACAAAUCAACUAACCGAUCAGUGGAUAUCAGGUCCGCAGUGGUUAUCGAACCAAGAGGAAUGGCCCAAAAGCCCAGUCUUGAAGCCGACGAAAGAGAGUAAAACUGAGGAACAACUCGAGCGAGUGUUGUCUACCUGUGCUUUGCAAGUCCCGAAUGAUGAUGAUCAGAGCCCCUUCGAUGAGUUACAGACUGUUCACGCCAAUAAUGUUGGGAAAACGUUAAGAGUUUGUGCUUGGGUUAACCGAUUUCUGACGAACUGCCGGAAAGCGAUUGAUGAGCGGAAAACUGGUCCUUUGACAACGCAGGAGAUCCAACACCAAGAACUGUGGUGGAUUAAGAAGACACAACAAGAAGCUCUAUCAACUAAUACGGAACAGUUUCAGAGAGAUCGAGUUCAGUUUAACAUUCAGAAGAAUAGUGAGGGAGUACUAGAAUGCAGAGGACGAAUCGAAGGUCAAUACCCGACCUUUCUACCGGACACAGCAUCUUACACGAAAGCAUUAGUAUUCCAAGCCCAUUUGGAUACUCUUCAUGGGGGAGUAACCCUUACCAUGGCUAAAUUACGAGAGCAGUAUUGGAUUCCGAGGUUAAGGCGAUUGGUAAAGCUAGUUAGGAGUUCUUGUUAUGGAUGUGUACGGUUCCGAGCUACAUCGUAUUCUUCGCCACCCCCCGGACAGCUACCAACCAGUCGUACGCAAGGCGAAACUCCGUAUGCAGUGGUCGGUAUUGACUUUGCGGGACCGAUAAAGUACAGAAUCAAAGCGAACACUGAUGGGAAGGCAUAUCUGAUCCUUUAUGCUUGUAGUCUGACGCGAGGAGUCUAUUUGGAACUUGGAAACGGGCGAGUUCAUGAGAUCAUUAAUAAGAUUCGUAGCAAGACGGGGAAGACCAAGAAUUAUUUACUCUGACAAUGGUAGUACCUUUAAAGCGGCAGCAAAAUUGAUAAAUCUGAUCAAUAAAGACGAGAAGAUCAACAAUUACUUGGCAAAGAACUCCAUUGAAUGGAAAUUUAACCUAAGUAGAGCACCCUGGUGGGGUGGACAAUUUGAGAGACUUGUAGGAGUUUUCAAAUCGGCAUUUCACAAGACAGUUGGAAACGGUACCUUGAAUUUUGAUGAGCUGUCUGCGAUAGUAUUGGAUGUUGAGACGUCUAUCAACGGUCGUCCGUUAGAUUAUGUGGAAGAUGAUAUCCAACUCCCUCUACUCACACCCAAUUCCUUUAUGUUCCUUCAACCUACUCAGCCGUUAGAAUUGGAGCCACAUCACCUUCAGGAAACUACGUUACGAAAGCGAGCUAGAUAUCUGUCUAAAGUGAAGGAUUCGUUAUGGGCAAGAUGGAGUAAAGAGUACGUACGAAGUCUGCGCGAGAAACAUCGAUUACUACAGCAAGAUAAGAAGACCGAAUCACCAGUGGUUGGCGAUAUUGUCAUAAUUAGAGGUGAUGAAAAGAAUCGGAAUCUAUGGAAACUCGGGAAAGUAGUUCGUCUUAUACUCGGUCGUGAUGGAGAAAUUCGUGGCGCUAAGGUUCAAACGGGAAAUGGAAUUUUGGAGAGAACCCCUCAACACCUCUACCCUUUAGAGUUGAAAUGUGACUUCAAUGACUCGAAGCAACCGUUGAAUCCUGAUGUUGAAGAGUUUCGUCCACGACGGGGAGCAGCAAUAGCAGCUGAAGAACAAAUAAGAGCUAUAAACAUGUACAAUGACGAUUAG